AUGAUGCGGCCCAGUUCUUCUAUGGCCAAUAUGGGAAAGGCAUAUGGCAACCUGAAGAGGUAUACGCCCUCCAGAGUGACAAGUGGUGGUUCGCUAUUACGAAGAAGAGCAUCUAGUGCGAAUUUAAGCAGUCCUUCCCGAUCUGUUUCACGUCUUUCUAGAAGACCAUCCAGUUCGAUGAGUAGUAUAUCGUCGUCAGGUUCAUCUUCGGGCGAUACCAACAAUAAUAAUAACAGUGUCAAUUAUACGGGAACAAUCCAGGUGGCCGUGAGACCGAGACCUUUGCAAAGUAGUAGAAGUAUGUGGAUGAUCAAUCCGGAGGCUAAUUGUGUUUAUAAUAGAGACGCUGGAGAGUUCUUCUACGACAGUGUUUUCACCCCGGAAAUAGACAAUACUACGGUUUAUACAAAAUCUGUUGAACCCGUGGUUUCAAAGUGUCUUGAAGGUUUUAAUGCAACCGUUUUUGCUUACGGUAUGACUGGUUCCGGUAAGACAUAUUCGAUGCAAGGUAAUCUUGGUCAGAUAGGAUUGAUUGAUCUGUGUGUAAAGCAAAUCUUUCGUCAUUUCGAUAUCACAUCUCAGAAAGGUGCACAGAACAAAGUUACCUGCUCCUAUUUAGAGAUCUACAACGAAAAGUUGUACGAUUUACUAAAUCCUGAAACUGGAAUGAGAUUUGGGAGGCUGUCUUCAUUGGGUAUGCAUUCUUCUGGGAACUCUAAGGAAGCUUUAAGGAUCCGUGAUGAUCCUCUAUAUGGUGUUAAAGUUGUUGGUCUCAAAGAGGUGGAUGUUUCUAAUGCAAGCUCGCUUUUACGUGUAAUAAGAAGGGGUGAAUCUCUUCGUACAACAGGAGGAACGGAUUACAAUGAACGUUCUUCUCGUUCUCAUGCCAUUGUUUUAAUUCACCUUUUCACAAAAAAUGCCCCCGAUUCGCCCGAGACCGUAUCUACCUUAUGUCUGUGUGAUUUGGCUGGUUCGGAAAAGGCUGCUCGUCAGUUGGAGAGACGUCAAGAAGGUUCAUAUAUCAAUAAGUCUCUUCUUGCCCUUGGAACGGUGAUUGCCAAGUUAUCACAGGGCUCUUCUUUCCAUAUUCCUUAUAGAGACUCAAAACUUACACGGUUACUUCAGCCAUCCCUCAGCGGUAACUCCAUUAUCUCUGUUCUUUGCACCAUACAUUUAUCUUCACAGACUUUCGGAGAGACUGUUAAUACACUACGGUUUGCAUCUCGCGCAAAGAAUGUUGCAUACAAUGUGAAGAGAAUUCAGAAUGUCAAAAGCGGAUAUGCAGAUAAGUAUGUGGAGAAUCUAAUCAAGGAGAACGAGAAACUACACGGGGAAAUUAAGCAAAUAAAGGACGAACAGGUGACAAAGGAAGAACUACCAAGUAGUUUUGGAAAGAAUAAGGAGCAGAUGGCAGAAUUGGUUGCAGAGAACAAGAUUUUAAGUGAGCAAUUGGAACAUCAGAAGAGAUUGAACGAGGAAACGGUAAUGGAACAAGUUAUGAACAAUAAUGAAAGUCUUCAAAAGCUUAUUCAGAUUCAAAUACAGUAUCAGAUUCCAGAUUCCAGGUUUGAACAGGCUGUUUUAGGACUUGAACAGUUUGGUAAGACAACGAUGAUGAAAAUGGAGGAGAUGAAGUCUUACAUUCUGCAUCUUGAGCACAAGUUGAGUGAGAAAGAAUAUAACGAAGCAAUGAAAGGAAAGGAGGAUGAAGAGGUAGCUGGUAAGAUGGAAAUUGAACAGCUCAAGCGCGCAUUAAAGAGUAAAGAGAUUAUAAUCAAAGCACUAAAGUCGACUAAGGCUAUGAGAGAGAUGUUUAAAGAACCAAGGCAGAUCAACAACGAAAUCGAAAACAGAGCUGCUGGCGGAUAUCUCAAGACCAUUGAUAGUAAUGUUCAGGUUCCAUAA